AUGACACACCUAGGCCCCCCGCCAAGGCCUACCCAACUACCCCUUGGAGAAGGUAUAGGGGACUCGGAGAACUGGGGGCAGGAUUACUCAGAAGACUACGAGUCUUAUCACACCGAGGCGUCCGAAGAAUUCUACCCAGCCCAUGGCCACCCACACACCAGACCCCCAGCACCCGAGACUCUCCCUCAUACCGACCCGGCAAUGAGGCUUCUCUUCGAGAAAGUUCGGCGCCUGGAGAGCGAACAGCAGCGAAACCACCAACCCCUCUGGGCAAAGCCACGACCUGGGCCCUUUACCGAACGCAUCCUUAAUUACCACCAGGAGAAUGACACCCAGCCACUCCGCAUCGCCUUCUACACUGAACCCCCGCACCAUCAAUACAUUUGA